UUCAUGCCAAAAUAAGAUGCAAAACAUGCAACAUCCUCUUAUUUUUUGCAAAAAAUGUGGGGCUCAAAACGGGUCACCACUGGGAAGGAGUUAAAUUACCAUUUGAUAUUUGCAUUUUCUAAAUGGAUUGGCUGGGGUAAUGUAUUAACUUGUAAAAUCCUGAUGAUGACCACGCAAUUAGAUGGAAAGUCCAAUUUACCUAAUGUAAUGGUAGGCGACCUAUAUACAUAAUUGAAUGGUACAACCUGAAUAGGUGCGCUUGAUUUAGAUCGCACCGGGUUAGUUUGUCCUUUGGAAAAGCCUUUUCAUCAUUUGGUAGCUCACUAGGCGAACCCCACUCACUCGGCGCGCCAGGCAAGCUCAAUCAAUCGUCCCUCGUGCCCAGGUGUAAAACUCCCUGGUGAUUUCCCGUUUGACUGCAACAAUGGUACGUUCCUAAACCUUAAAUCCCUCUCAAACAUGGCCGAUUUUGGCAGGUGGCAAAUAUGGCACUUCGUGAGGGUAAUUGGGAGGAUGAGUUGCAGGGACAGUUCUCGCUUUUAUCCGCUACUUCGUUCGAGGUCAAAGAAGAAAGUGAGGCCACACAUGGAAGCUCCAACACGGGGAUACUAGACUUAAGUGACGAAGUCUUUAUUCUCAUCCUACGUCGGCUGGAUCCCACGUCUCUCUUGAGAGUUGGGAGCACCUGCCGAACCCUUUUUCGAGUUUGUUCCUGCAACUCACUGUGGACAAGACACUUCCAGACCUCAUUUGGAGUGCAGUUUGCCACCGCCACCUGCUCCAUCUCUGCCAAGAGUGCCUUCCGUUUGAUCUUCAUGUGGCGGACUCUCUUUAGAAACCUGUACUGUAACCGGUCUCUUCAGGAGAAGCUCUUUGCAGAGAUCCCAUUCCCACCACACAAGUACUGGGUCCAGUGGCUGGUUCUGGAAGAGACUGUUCCUCUGCCCUCCGUGAGACUGCCUUGCACCGACAUAGAGAGCUUAUGGGGAAUUGAGAAGGAAGUGUUGGAAGGUAAAGUUCAAGAGGAAGAUGAGGAUGAGGGCAGAAUGCUGAAGUUCGAAUGGAAGGAGCUGUAUGCCUUGGCUCUUGAGCACCAUGGAAGCAUUGCCAAGGUUUUCCAGCAUGUUCUCAACCAACAGAGCAAUGUGCAUCCACUUGAGCUAAAGGUUUCUACCCUGAUGUGGACUUCUACCCUACCAGACCACUGUGAGCUGGAGGCCAUGUUCAGUCAGUACAGCCAGUGUCGCUUCCAAUGGCUCUUCACCUACUGGUUGUUCCGCCAGCCUGCACCCUUCGACAGGCAGCUCAGGGCCAUCUACCUGCAGUGGCAGGAGCACAGCAAGAGGAAGGUAGUGUCCUGGGGAGACACGUUGUGUGACAUCAGGUACCUGGCCUCAUUGCAUCACAUCACCACCGACUACUGGCGGGGCAAGCUGGCCCAGGGUGACGAGACUGUGGGAAUUCAGACAGUGGAAAACUAUUUCUCCAUGUGCAAAUCCCUGGUGGCCUGGAUUUUAGGGCGUGACUGGGGCAGAUUGAAAUGCAAAAAGGUGUAUGAGGACACACUGGAGGGUGUGUACCUGCUGCUGAGGAGGGAGAUGCAGGAGACCCUGGUGGAGCGCGAGAGGUUCUGGCAGGUGGCCAAGGUCCAGAUGACCCGAGUGUGCACCCUGGAGGAGACUGCUGUAAACUAUGUCAACUGGAAGAUGAUUGAAACACUGCCCUACUACAAGCUGUACAUGGUGUCAGGCAACAUGGUGUACCUAGACCACGUGCAGGGCUUCCUCCACAGGAAGAGGCUGGUCCAUGACUGGUUCUUCAUUAAGGAGAACACCUGGGUCAGACAGCUGCUGCCUGGUGACCUCUACCCUCUCCUGGAGUUUGACACCAAGAUCUCCCAAGACAGCCUGCAUGGAGACUCCAUGCCAGCCCAGUUGAGCAGGGUGCUCUGGCUGUACCUCCACUCUGGACGGACACUCUACCUGGAGGCAGUGAAAGGCCUGGUGCUGCAGUGUGCUCAGGCCAGUCUGGGCCACUUCUGCAGCCUCUCCCCUGGCGCCUCCGUUCAGCCCCAUGUCAGCUAGCUGGCUAACACAGAUUGACCACUUCGUUUUAGAGCCUCUACGAGAUGUACAGUACCACUUUUUUCUAUACUGGAUCCAGUGUCCACAGUGCUUUUCACUUUUUACUGUAUUUUAUCACCACUUAGAUUUUAGCUAGUGCUGGUGAGCUGGAAUCUAGAUUUUAAAUGAAUUUUUAAACUUUAAUCUUUAUCAAUAGUUAAUGAAAUGUAGGCUAUUGAUGUACAUUGUAGAAACCUUGUUUGCUAACAUGUAAUUACUCUACAGCCAACAUUUGAGAAAAGCCAUUGAAGUGUUGGCAUUUAUCAAUCAUUCUCAAAUGGUGGUAAUUUUUUUUCAAAGCCUAACAAUUCUUGGCCAAAUAACAAAGGCUAGAAACUUAACAGUGCUGGGUUGCUCUAUAAUGAAUAAACAACUCUGACAAACUUU